AUGGUGUACCACUGGGAUGACAAAGAGGCAGAGUGCUAUCAAUUGUACGUCGAGGAAAAAAAAAGUCUGGAUGAGGUCAUCUCAUACUGGGAAGCAAGAGGCUUCACUCCAAGUAAACGCGCAUUUCAAACACAGUUCAAACGAUGGGACUUCCCCAGCAAGCAAAACCCCGCACACAAGAACGCCGUCCUAGUCGCCCGCCUGCAGCAGCUAUGGGAGCAGAACUACACCCAGAAGGAUAUGGUUGAUACCCUCCAGAACGAGGGCUUCCAGAUCAACGACCGCGAGCUGAUCAGACUACGGUUGAGGCUAAAACUACUACUCAGAGAGAGUGUACCUAGACCAAAAAGGAAGCAGAGCACCGAGGUCAGCGUACAGAAAAAGACUAAGCAAAAGAAGCCAAAAGCUUUGCCUGGCAGAGGUCUGAUCAAUCAACUCGGAAACGCUAUACUAGCCGAGAGCUCCGAGAGUGAGGAAAGCUCAGAGGAGGAGGCCGAAACUUGUAUAACGGUCAGCGGCGAGCCUGCCGAAGACACACAACCGACCCAGCCCGAGCUCGACCCCUCCCUGCUCGACACCGAAGAAGUCUUGCGAAGACAGCUACGACAAGAGCAUCUCCAGCGAGAGAGUGAUGAAAAAUGGCGGACUCGAAAACGGCGACGACGGACACGGGGCUGGGCAGGUCUGCCAGCAGAUACCCCUGGCGAGCCACCGCGGUUUCCUUCUGAAACCACCAUCGACGAAGCGAAGGCAUAUCUUGGCCUGGACAACGAAAUGUAUCGCAGGCUUCGUGAGCGAUUCCAGGAGAUUUGCGAGACUGAGGGUGUGGUGAAGAAGACGGUUGCAGGUCCUGAGAAGUGGGCACAAUUAGUGCAGCAGCUCAUACAAGAGGAUGCACACUUGACUGCUGUGUUCCAGCAAGAGCCUGAGGUGAUGCUAAACCACGAUGCGCUUUUUCGGCCGAAGGGGCAGAGAGCUUUAUCGAUCGAUGUUGUGUGUAUGGACGUCACAAAACGGCUGCGUACCAUGGAAAAUAGGAUGACACUCGCUGAUGCGAAGAAUGCUCUUGGUCUGAAUCCUGAGCAAACACGUUAUGUCAGAGCCGCCUACAUCAGGAAGCUGAAAGAUGUUCAUUUUGCAAACAAGCACGAAGCCGGAGAAGAACAGUGGGCACAGCUCAAGACAGCAUGGGUCAACGAAUCUGAACACCUUACGAGAGCUUUCGUGCAAGGCGAAGCUGAUCCUGGAUAUGCGCGGAAAUUGAAAGCUGUUGAAGUGCUGGCCAGGGAUGUCAUGAAAAGGCAGCAACAAGAGAAGCUAGCUAGAGACCCUUCGAAGAGAAAGCAGAUCCAUCAGGGCCCUGGACCUGGACCGGCUCCGCCUGUCGUUGCGCUCCAACCAGAGAGGCGCCGACAGAGUGCUGGUGUGGAAUACAAUGCUUCGACACAAACCACCUACCCCAGUCUUCCGGCUUUGUCUCCUUCAAGCGAUCUACAAAUCGAUCCUUCACUGCUACUAGCUGCGAGCGAUGCUGCCAUACUCCCAGGCCUUGCAUACCACCAGCCCGAGCCACACUAUCAACCACAACAUGAUCAUCCGCCGAGCAUCCAGUCACUCAUGUCGAAUACUCAACAUGCACCUCCAAACCACUACAGCCAGAACUAUUAUCCGGCGGCUACAUCCCAGCAUUCUCAGCCCAUGCCCAUUUACUUCCGCCUGCACCACUUGUCUACAACACCCUUCCCUUCGAAGACAGUCUGGCUCUCUAUACUGCACACGCAUUCUGUCAACGAGAUCAGCAACUUGGUCAUGCGUGAACACCCCGGUACAGUGGUGCUGAAGGUGGAAGGCCUGGUAGUGUACAGGCAAGAUCAGGGCGAGCGAGAAGUCGUGGUUGAGGUCAGCGAUGACGAAGAACUUGCUGCGUAUCUGGGACACGUCAAGAGCACGGGGCAGGGCAAGGCGACGUUUGUGGUCUUGCUAGGGUAUGCCUAG